AUGGCCGACCCCUUAAGCAUCGCCGCAAGCAUUGCGGGGCUUCUCUCACUUGCGGAUAUUGUCUUUCUGCGCUUGUCCAAGUAUAUCAAGUCAGCCAAGAAUGCCGAACAAGAGAUCAGCGACUUAUGCAAAGAAGUCAAUUCGGUUGGGGGAACUGUCAACAUGUUGUCGCGAUUGGCAACCUCCCUGGAGGCGGAGGGCGACUCUCCCAUACAGGGCUUCCGGAUGCACCACAUUGACGGCUGCGCGACAAUCCUAUGUGAGAUUGUCAACAAGACGAAGAAGUAUGAAGACAAACCAGGAGGAAAACUUAAACGACUCACAUGGCCAUUCUUUUCUUCAGAGACCAAGAAAAUGCUUGCAGACCUCUCUCGACACAAGGAAAACAUGAACCUUGCUUUGUCAGCCACUUCAUUGGAUGCAUUACUGCGUUAUCUCGCGAAAGAGGAAGAAAGAAAUAGAACCACGGCUGUAAUAUUAGCCGAUGUUCAGAAAACCAAAGAGAUUGCGGUACGGAUUCGCGAGACCGCCCAGCGAGAGCGAGUCCUCGACUUCUUCCUGAUAUACAACCCGCAAUCAGAUUACGAGAUGAGUGUAAAGCUACGGCACCCAAGGACGGGCUUGUGGCUUGAACGCCAUUCUUCUUUUCAGCAAUGGCUACAGAACCAAACGUCCAGGCUUUGGUUAAGUGGCAUUCCCGGCGCAGGCAAAACGGUACUCGCAGGCUCAAUCAUUGGCCAUGCUCUUGUGAGAAGCUCAGAAACCGUUGCUGUGGGCUUCUUCUUUUGCGACUACAAGAACGAGGUGACGCAAAGCUCUGUCAACAUUCUUGGGGCUUUGGCGUACCAACUGGCGAUACAGAGCGAGGAAGCAUAUUCGAUGCUUGAGGAGUAUUACUCCGAACUUCACCCAGACCGAGGACUUCCUAGAUCUGCCAACCCCGAAGACCUAAGGCGGAUUAUCAUAAGAAUGUCCCAAGUCUUCGAGCGUACCUAUCUGGUGGUUGACGGUCUCGAUGAAUGCGGAGACCACGCAGAGGAUAUCGUGGAGGCGCUUUGCGACGUGGCAGAAAACUCGGACGACUUAUCGAUGGCGCUACUUAGUCGCGACGAAGACGACAUACAACGACACCUUCGAGAUACCGCAAAUAAUUUUCACAAUAUAGAGAUUGCGGCUCACACGGAGGACAUCACCGAGUUUCUCACGUCGGAAGUAGAACGGCGAGUCCGCAAUAAGAAGCUGGAAUUCGAAGAUCUCUCUCUCAAAGCAGAGAUUCUGGAAAGCCUUGUGGCCGGGGCACGCGGAAUGUUUCGCUGGGUUGCUUGUCAACUGGAUCACCUUGGACAUUGCAUAUCAGACGAGGAAUGUCGAGAAGCCUUGCGCAGUCUCCCACCUGAUCUUCCAGAGACUUAUAUGCGCAUCUUGAGGAGAGUUCCCGAAGCAAAACGAGAAUUCAAAGUCAAACGACGGGUCUCACCUCGAAUUCGCCCAUUUUUCGGUUCAGGAGUUUUUGACCAGCAAUAUCCUACAGUCGUCUAA